GUUAGAGCAGCGGUUCCUAAACUUUGGGGCUGAAACUUAAUCCAGUUAAAGUGGUGGAAGGGGUAAACACUUGUAAUAUGAGCCAAAGGUGCCUACAAACUCUGGUUCUGAGCUCUGGACUGAGCACUAUAACAACAUGAAAAGCUUUGCACUUUAUAAAUGAAAGCCAGGCUUAAAAAGAAUUCUGGAAAAAAACAGCCUUAUCUGAAAUGAAUUGAGCAGGUAAAACCCAGCCAUAGGCCAACUACUUGCACUGCCCCCAUCCUCACGCCCUGAGCAGCCAUUCCAUUAGUACAGACAGCCUGCCAAUGAGAAGUGCCAUGUAGUGCUGCGCGCUGACAGCUCUCCCCGUCCUAUUGUAGUGCAACAGUGACAGCUUGUACUCCAGUCCUCCACACACUGACAAGUCUCCUUGGCGGGUAGUACUAGAAAUACUGCCAGCUGCUAGUGCCUGUAGGUAGAGAGCGGGGUACAGACACUGUACAGACAGAAUCGCAGUGUUCUACACGACACAGUAGCGGCAGCAAGACGCAUACACACACUCCUCUGCUCUCCCAUGCGUUAAAGAGCGUCGCAUAUCCAGCCAUGAAUUCCCGCCACAUGCCCGCCCGGUGUAUGACAUAACAUGCACACUGACGGCCGUCCCUAUAGGCAGCGAGCGGGCUGCAGAAUUUUCCGGAUCUGGCUCUCGGCGCCUGGAUCCCAAAGCCCAGUCCGGCCCGUAGCUACACGCCUGAGCUCAGGGGCGCCGCCUGCCGCCGCCGCUCCACAUCUUCAUCCAGCCGCUGCCGCUGCUAUAAAGGGAAGCGUCUGUGGAAUCGCCUGUAACUGCACGUCUCUCCCUCGCCACCGGACCUGCCUCCUCCACCCCCCUCCUGCCAGGGAUUGUGCAUGCCAUCCAAACACCACCUCCACCCCGGCUUCUCGCAGGAACGCUGUGGAUUUUCUUUAAAGGGAGCCGGCAAGGUGUGCUGUACAACGUAGGGAGAAGCCGAGCAGCCUCGGUUCCUGUGUGUAUUAUUCCCUCCGAUAGGAUCUCAGGAGGGUUGGGUGCUGCAGGGUGCAGCGAGAUGAGCCGCUCCUGGAGGGGGGUUGUCCUGCUCUUGCUGCUCUGCUGUCUGCACCCGGAUCUCGGCUUGGUUCAUGCAACAAAAACCUUAUGUGAAGGGUCACAAUUUCAGUGUGCAAAUGGGCACUGCAUUACUUCAUUGUGGAAAUGUGAUGGAGAUGAGGACUGCUCUGAUGGCAGUGAUGAGAGUUCAUGUGUGAAGAAAACCUGUGCAGAGACUGACUUUGUCUGUAAUAAUGGUCUGUGUGUCCCAAGGCGAUGGGAGUGUGAUGGAGACCCAGACUGUGAAGAUGGAUCAGAUGAAACCGCAGAGCUAUGCCAUAUGAGAACAUGCAGGGCUACUGAAAUAAGCUGCGGUGCCCGUUCAACACAAUGUAUCCCCCUCUCCUGGAAAUGUGAUGGGGAGAGUGACUGUCCUAAUGCAGAGGAUGAAGAGAACUGUGGAAAUAUAACCUGUAGUCCAGCUGAGUUCACUUGCUCCAGUGGCCGUUGCAUUUCCAGCACUUUUGUCUGCAAUGGCCAAAAUGACUGCAGUGAUGGAAGUGAUGAAGAGAACUGUGUCCCUCCCACUUGUGGAGCUCAUGAGUUCCAGUGCAAGAAUUCUUCGUGCAUCCCUCUUAACUGGGUUUGUGAUGAUGAUUCCGAUUGUGCAGACCACUCCGAUGAGUCUCUGGAGCAGUGUGGUCGCCAGCCUAUAGCUCCCCAGAAGUGCAGUGCUAAUGAAAUGCCUUGUGGUUCUGGAGAAUGCAUACACAAAAAGUGGCGCUGUGAUGGAGACCCAGAUUGCAAGGACAAGAGUGAUGAAAUGAAUUGCCCAUCUCGUACUUGCCAACCAGACCAAUUUAAAUGUGAAGAUGGAAAUUGUAUUCAUGGCAGUAGACAAUGCGAUGGUGUGAGAGACUGCCUUGAUGGUACUGAUGAAAUACGCUGUAAAAAUGUCAAUCAGUGCUCAGGACCUGGUAAAUUCAAGUGCAGAUCUGGAGAGUGCAUCGAUAUUGCCAAGGUUUGCAACAAGCAAAAAGACUGCAAGGACUGGAGUGAUGAGCCAAUAAAGGAAUGCUAUGUCAAUGAAUGUGAAGUGAAUAAUGGUGGCUGUUCUCAUUUAUGCCAUAACCUGGUGAUUGGCUAUGAAUGUGACUGCACUGCUGGCUUUAAGCUAAUUGAUCGGAAAACAUGUGGAGAUAUAGAUGAAUGCCAAAACCCGGAAAUCUGCAGCCAGAUCUGUGUGAACCUGAAAGGUGGUUACAAAUGUGAAUGCAGUAAAGGAUAUCAGAUGGAUCCAUCCACUGGUGUUUGCAAGGCAGUAGGAAGGGAGCCGUGUCUAAUAUUUACCAACCGCCGAGAUAUCCGGAAGGUGGGACUUGAAAGAAAAGAAUACAUCCAGUUGGUGGAGCAGUUAAGGAAUACAGUAGCCCUGGAUGCCGAUAUCAAAGAACAAAGCUUAUUUUGGGCAGACACUAUCCAGAAAGCUAUAUUCCGCGCCCCAUUUGACACCCGGGAAAAAGUAGGCACCCAUAUCAAGGUUGUGGAAGAUGUGCACAGUCCAUCAGCAAUAGCAAUUGACUGGAUCUAUAAAAACAUAUAUUGGAUGGAUACUGGUUUAAAGACAAUUUCAGUGUCUAAUUUUGAUGGCUCAAAAAGGAAAACCUUGUUCAAUUCGGGGUUACAGGAUCCAACCUCCAUUGCUGUUGAUCCGAUUUCUGGAUUUAUUUACUGGUCCGACUGGGGAGAGCCUGCCAAAAUUGAAAAAGCUGGAAUGAAUGGUAUAGACAGACAACAGUUUGUAACCGCAGACGUGCAACGACCUAGCGGCAUUGCAAUUGAUGUGGUAAAAAGCCGUUUGUACUGGGUUGAUUCCAAACUCCAUACACUUUCUAGUGUGGACCUCAAUGGUCUGGAUCGCAGGGUCAUUCUGAAGUCUCAUGAGUUCCUUGCUCAUCCUCUUGCACUUACUAUAUUUGAGGAUCGUGUCUAUUGGAUUGAUGGUGAGAAUGAAGCAAUCUAUGGGGCCAACAAAUUUUCUGGCCAAGAACUGGAAACUUUAGUCAACAAUUUAAAUGAGGCCCAAGAUGUUAUAGUCUACCAUGAACUUGUCCAGCCCCUAGGUAGAAACUGGUGCAAUGAACAGAUAGAAAAUGGCGGCUGUAAAUAUCUGUGUUUACCUGCUCCACAGAUAAGUGAUAAUUCACCUAAGUAUACUUGUGUUUGUCCUGAUGGCUUUGAACUGAAUGGAGGAAGGAGCUGCAGGCCAGGUAGUAAAGCUACUAUGGAUCACACUGUCAAACCUACAGGAAUAUUGCCUAAAAAACCACUUCCAAGUGGUGAUAAUGACACUAAUUCUAUACAUGAGGUAAAUCUGUCUGCCAAAGGAACCUCUGCUGCAUGGGCGAUUCUUCCCCUCUUGUUAAUAGCAAUGGCAGCCUCUGGGGGUUAUCUGAUGUGGCGCAACUGGCAACAGAAGAAUAUGAAAAGCAUGAACUUUGAUAAUCCAGUGUACUUAAAGACAACAGAGGAGGACCUGGCAAUAGAUAUCGGAAGGCAUGGUGGGAAUAUAGGCCACACGUAUCCAGCAAUCUCUGUUGUAAACACAGACGACGACCUGUCUUGAGUAUGGUCAUUCUUGAUUGGCAUUCACCAUCCUCCUUUAGACUACACUGCUUCAACAGGGAUUUUGUUGUAUUCUGGAUGGUAACCACACCAGUGGCUGAACAACCUGUCCACCUCCAUCCAUGAGAGAAUGUGCACAGAAGAGUUGUGUGAAGAUAUGAAUGGACACACUGCCUGCAUUGGAGACCUCUUGUAAAUAUUUAUCAACAAUGUUCAGCCCUUGAUAUGGUUACCUCUAAACUAUUCGCUCCCAAUCCUUUUGUCUCUUCUCACCACUUAUUUUUUUUUCUUUGUUUCUCCUUCCAGUAUUAACACCCAGUCCUCCAAUAGGUCAAGUACUGUAUAAAGCACUUUCCAUAAAAAGCCAUAUCCCAGAAAUUGUGCUAUAUGUAGUAAGUUCACCUGUACAUAUGUGUAUAGGCAGUUUGUACAUAUCCUUAGAAGAAACACAAUCACAAUUCUGAAGCACUUUGAAAUAUUUUCAAUUGUAAAUAUGUUUCUGUAAACAGUUUUGGGUUUUUCAUUUGUUAUUUUUCCAAUGGUUGGGGCAAAUGGCAAUAGACAAAGUUACAAACGGGUUAUACAUAUCAAAUUGCCAAAUAAUUUCUAAACUUAAAUGAAUUUUGUAUGUGUGAAUGCAACUGUAAAUCUGUCUUGACUGGCCUUUUUUAUAGAGGUAUGCAGAGGGUUUACUCCCUAUUAAAAAAACAAAAAAACAAAACACUGGAGAAUCUUUUCAGAAUUAAAAUGAAAUAUGUAUUUAAAAA